AUCCAGGUGGGGGUUCGGUGGUGAAGCUGAUGGAGACUCUCUCUGAUUGGCUGCUCAGUUUGCCGCUGCAGCGAAUCCCCUACCAGGCCGUCCUCGACCUGGUGGACAACAAGAUGAGGAUCUCAGGUGUGUUUCUGGGGGCGGAGCUUCGCUGGGUUGGUUGCCAGGGCAGCAGGGCGGGUCUCCGUGGUUACCCGUGUUCCCUCUGGACCCUGUUCCACGUCCUCACCGUCCAGCAUGACGCCAUGCCCACCGCUCUGGAUAACACAGCUCUGGAGGGAGACCCAGCGGCGGUGCUGCAUGUGAUGCGUCGGUACAUCAGGACGUUCUUCGGCUGCGAGCAGUGCGGCCGACACUUUGAAGCGGCCGCAGCAGCGAGUCUGCAGACGAUCGAGAGCAGAGAGCAGCAGAUCGUCUGGCUCUGGAACCAGCACAACACGGUCAACCUCCGCCUGGCAGGCUCCCUCAGUGAUGACCCCCUCUUCCCUAAGGCUCCGUGGCCCAGCCCCUCCCUCUGCGCCUCCUGCCACGAGGAGAAAAACGGCGUCCACGUGUGGAACCAGGAGAACGUGCUCCUCUUCCUCCGCAGACACUACGGCGCCUCCAACCUCUCCCCCAAAUACUCCCUGACCCCCCCGAGACUCCCUGCGCCUCCUGCUGACCCUCAACCUGCACAGACUCGCCGGCCCCAGGAGGAGGAGCGGCGAGCAGGAGGAGCAGGAGGAGCAGGAGGAGCAGGAGGAGGAGGAGAGAGGAAGGACACAGAGAGGAGAACUGAGGGGCAGCCGGGACCUGGACACCGGGUCCAGACGGGGGAGGAGCUGGGUCUGAGCAGGGUAGGAGGAGGCGCAGGAGGAGGCGCAGCAGGAGGCGCAGGAGGAGUCUGGAUUCUGGGUCUGGGGUUUAACAGUGUGGACAUGAGUCUGUGUGUGCUCCUCUACGUCUCCUCCUGCCUCUUCCUCAUGCUCCUCUUCUUCUUCUUCAGAGUCCGGUCCAGGAGGUGGAAACUCCGCUACUCCCGCCUCCACGUCUGA